ACGAGAACCGAGGCCGCCCCGAGGGCGAGUCGUCGGAGCGACCGCAGCGCCCUCGAGCGGGAAUCAAAAUCAAAAAUCGCCGAGGACGAACAGAUCAAAGCCAGCAAGAACGAGGAGGACGCAGGAAAAAUGCUCGUUGGUGGCCUGAGCUGGGAUACCAGCAAAAAAGAUUUAAAAGGCUAUUUCCCUAAAUUUGGAGAGGUCAUUGACUGUACAAUAAAAAUGGAUCCCAACAUUGGACGGGCAAGAGGGUUUGGGUUUAUCCUGUUCAAAGAUGCAACCAAUGUGGAGAAGGUCCUAGAGCAGGAGUACAGGCUGGAUGUCCGUGUCAUUGACCCUAAAAAGGCCAUGGCUAUGAAGAAGGACCCGGUGAAGAAAAUCUUCGUCGAGGGUCUGAAUCCUGAAGCCACUGAGGAAAAGAUCAGGGAGUACUUUGGCGAGUUUGGGGAGAUCGAGGCCAUUGAAAUUCCAGUGGAUCCAAAGUUGAACAAAAGACAAGGUUUUGUGUUUAUCACCUUUAAAAAAGAAGAACCUGUGAAGAAAGUUCUGGAGAAAAAGUUCCAUACUAUCAGUGGAAGUAAGCGUGAGAUCACGGUGGCCCAGCCCAAAGAAGUUUAUUGGCAGCAGCGGUAUGGUUCUGGGGACCGUGGAAACCACAACGGAGGGAACCGAGGCAGCGGAGGUGGUGGUGGAGGUGGAGGUCAGGGCAGUACAAACUACAGCAAGAGCCAGUGACAUGGUGGCCAUCAGAACACCUACAAGCCAUACUGAAGCAGCAGCAGGAGAGACCAACCGACCGCACACAUGUUGUGUUUGGAUAUGGAGUGAACACAAUUAUGUACCAAAUUUAACCUGACAAACUUUCUAUGGCUUGCCCCAUGUGCAUUUAUUUAAAAUUUCCCCCAUGGAAAUCACUCUCUUGUUUACUAUUUCCAGAACUCUAGUUAUUUAGGCAGCGUAUGGUGUCUGAGAGGCCAGAGGGGCAUUAUGGGCUGAUUUUUAGUACCAGGUCCCCCAGAACAAAAUGGCAGUCUCUGCUUCCUGCUGCCGCACUCUGCAGCCUGGUCCUGUGGACCCUGGUUGUAAAGAGUAAAUUGUAUCUCAGGAAACCAGUGUCACCUUUUCAUUUUAUAUUAUUUAUGUCAUACAUUUCCUGUAAUGGAAGUGUUAAUUUUACUGUACUUUUUGGUACCUUUGGGGAAUCUAAUGUAAGGUAUUUUACACGUGUCCUGAUUUUGCCACAACCUGGAUAUUGAAGCUAUCCAAGCAUUUAAAAUAAAAAUUUAACCCCCCCCCACAAAAAAGAAAUAAAGCCAAAUACUUAACAUCCAACUGAUCUUUGAUGAAGCAUACAAAAACAUAAACCUAUUUAAUAAAUGGUGCUGAAAAGACUGGUAAUCCGCAUGCAGAAGAAUGAAACUGGAUCCCAAUCUCUUACCUUAUACAAAAAUCACUCAAGAUGGAUCAAAGACUUAAAUCUAAGAACUGAAACCAUAAAAAUCACAGAAGAUUACAUCAGAAAAACUCUUCUGGACAUUAGCCUAUGCAAAGAAUUUAUGACUAAUACUCCAAAAGCAAAUGCAACAAAAAUGAAAGUAAAUAAAUGGAACUUCAUGAAACUAAAAAGCUUCUGCACAGCAAAAGAAAUAAUCAGCAGAGUAAAUAGACAACCCACAGAAUGAGACAAAAUAUUUGCAAACAUAUAUGCAUCCAAUAAAGGACUAAUAUCCAGAAUCUACUAGGAUCUCAAACAAAUCAGCAAGAAAAAAAUAAUAAUCCCAUCAAAAAGUGAGCAAGGGACAUACAUAGACAUUUCUCAAAAGAAGAUAUACAAACAGCCAACAAACAUAUGAAACAAUGCUCAACAUUACUAAUUAUCAGGGAAAUGCAAAUUAAAACCACACAAUGAGAUACCACCUUACUCCUACAAUAAUGGCCAUUAUUAAAAAGUCAAAAAAACAACAGAUGUUGGCAUGGAUAUGGUAAAAAGGAAAUGCUUAUACAAUGUAAAUUAGUACAACCUCUAUGAAAAACAGUAUGAAGAUUCCUUAAAGAACUAAAAAUAGAUCUACCAUUCAAUCCAGCAAUCCCGCUGCUGGGUAUCUACCCCAAAAUAAGUCAUUAUAUAUGAAAAAGACACUUGCACGUGUAUGAUUAUAAUAGCAGAAUUCACAAUUGCAAAGAUAUGGGACCAACCUAAGUGCC